AUGAGUAGAACAGUUACUAGAUAAGUUUAUCAACUCUUAUCUACCUGUUUGUGUUACUGUUGUUCUCUCAGACAGUUAUUUCGUGAUAUGCCGUAAUAAAGUGAGGUACGCCUAAAAGUGUAAUGAUGUUCGUCGUCAAAUAUUUCCUUUGAUUCUCGAUCAGGGCACAUUUAGAUAAUGAAACCACCUAUACCCAUCCCUGUGCUAAAAGAUCUACGGUGUGGACAUUGUCGAAAAUUUGUAACCUGCGGCCCUGUUCACGUCACCCCCGACAGCAGCAUACUAUGUGGUCGUUGUGCCCGUUUCGCCAAACGUAGCUACAGGAACAUCGCCUUUGAAGCCCUAGCCUCUCUAUUUCGUUACCCUUGCUACUACUGGCCCAAACACUGCAACAAAAAACUAGUCUGGAACGAGUCCCUAGACCACGAACGAAAAUGUUUAUUCCAAAGCAGCUGCAACGUGUUUUGUUCAAAACCCGGAACCUUCUUCAAAUCAGAUCGUAAACUCCCCAAUAACCCAGAAAUCAACUUGGAACAUGUGACCGAGGAAAUAAUCCAGGAUUUGAAAUGCGUCGCUUGCGAAAGCUACUUAUCUAAUGGACCUGUUUACAUUGUCGUGGACGGUAAAAAUAUUUGCCAUCGAUGCUCCCACGCCAAUGGGGUUCCCAAAGGGGCGAUACGAAAUCUGGCCUACGAGACUAUCGCUAGAGCGGCUAUUUUUCCGUGUGUUUACCGCUUUAGAGGCUGCAAUGUGCGGUUGAAGUUUGGAAGGGAGAUGUGGGGGCACGAAAAUGAGUGUCCUUAUGGGCAAACUCAAAACAGGUUGUCGAAGAAGCCGUCGAAAACUAGCAAAGAUACGAAAGAUGGGAAGGAGAGAGGGGUGAUUGAGACACAUUCUGGUCAUAUUUGGGGCACGAUCACUCCGCAUUCUGCUUUGUUUGCUCCUCCGAAAGCCGCAAAAACUGACGGGAAGAUGGUGACGCAAGAGUUAGCUGAAAUGAUGAAGAAGAAGCAGCAGGAGGAGCUGAAAGGGUUUGAUGUGCAGUCAAUGGACUCAGUAGUGAGCAAAGCGAGCACAUUUGACAGUAUAGGCGAUAAUAUUUCGAGAUCUAUUGGAGAUAAUAUUUCAAGGGAUAAUAUUUCGAGAUCAACAAUUGAUAACGUUUCAAGGGACAAUAUUUCCAGGACUACGUUUGAUAAUGUUUCAAGAGAAAACUUUUCGAGGUCUUCGUCGAGGAUAACUGAUGAAUAUCGGCGCCAGCCGAACGAAACUAUUUUGGAUGAUAAUUAUAGACCUUCGGUUUCUGGUUAUCCGCCUGAGCAAGCAGGACCGUCAAAUUAUGAUAUGCAAAGACAAUCAAAGGUUGUGAGAUCAAGUGAAGACUUGAAUACAGCUUAUCCAGGAUUCCCUCAAGAAAUUGCACCCUUACCAACCCCACCGGGCUACAACAAAGUACCAUUUAAUGGCUACUAUCAAGAUAAUAUGGCACGAUAUGGACGACCAUCACAUUUCGAACAACUUCCCCAGAUGUACAAUUACCCUCCAGGCUAUUACGACAAUAACGGCAAUAUGAACUACUCCGCAAGCUUCAGUUAUGCACCAACACAUCAUCCACAAAUAGCACCCAAAAGAAGUGAGAGUUUUCGUGUUGGCAAUCAAGAACUCAUCGACGAACUAAAAGAAAGAAAUAGAAAUAAAAACUCAAGUCCAUCUCCGGGUGUAAAGAACGACAAUCCGUACGAAAAGUGUUCCAAUUUACAAGAUUUAGUCCAGAAACAAGAUGAGUUUAAAUAAUUUUGUCAUAAACAGCGUUAUAAAGUGAUAAAAUUUAUGAUUAUAUCAAACUCCUAUUGUGACGUCGUUUAAGAAGCCAUUUAAAGAUAAUACGGUCAUCAAUCAAAUUGAUGUUGCUGUCGAUUAAGGCCUGAAAUUCUUGGUUCGGUACCUCAAGCUAGUCAUUUUCAGGUGUCCUGUUAAUUACGUUUCAGUGAUCCUGCUAAUGAGUCCUCAAGGAUUAAUAUUCAAGUUUCCCAGUUUAUGAUGAUGGGGUUGAAAUUAUCUUUUAAGUGGCUUCACAAUACGAUAAAAAUAUUUAAUUAUGCUCUGCAGGUGUUCUAGAUAAAGACUAUCUUUUUUUAAUAA